UGUUUUUAUAAUUGAAGACAACAGGCAAAUAGAUUAAAAACUUCAUUAGUUUUUAUCCUACAACAUCGGGAACUCAAAUAAACCCAUUGAAAGCCCUUUUUAUUAUUUUAAACUAACAAGGACUAGUGCUUCCUCUCUUAUUCCUUGUUCAUUAACUGCGAGAUGACUGAUUCCAAAGUAAAAGUACAAGUGUUCACUGACUUUGAUGGCACAUUAUCCCUUGAUGAUACUGGCCUAUUGCUUAUUGACGACGAACUCUCUUUGGGACCGGAACGUAGACGUGUACUAGAACACAAAAUAAUGGAUCAUGCCCUUAGCUACAAGGACGCCGUUCAAGAAAUGUGGGAUUCAGUUCAUAUAAGCUGGGACGAAGCCUGGGCAAAAUACUUGAAUGAUUGCCGCAUCGAUCCUGGGUUCCUAUCCUUUAAUGAUUAUUGUCGUGAGCAUGAUAUUCCGGUUACUGUCGUUAGCAGUGGUCUUUAUCCAGUUCUAGAGCGAAUUAUGAAGAACUUUUUAGGAGAAAAGGCUAAAGAUAUUGAGAUUAUUUGCAAUAAGGGUGAAAUCAAAGAUAGAGAUUGGAAAAUUAUCUGGAGAGAUGACAGUGAAUAUGGAAACGACAAGUCAGUUGCCUUGUCAGACGCCAGAGCAAAAGCCUCCCCUGACACUAUCUUUGUGUUUUGUGGUGAUGGUGUGAGCGACAUUAGUGCUGCUAGACAUGCAGAUGUUCUGUUUGCUCGUAAAGAUCGUGAUUUGGAAAUUUACUGCAAAAGAUAUUCUAUUCCCUUUGUAAGCUUCGAUACAUUUGAUGAUGUUCAUGAUGUGGUCAAACGUUUGGUAGACCGCAAGUCUGUUAUUGAGAAGGAUGAAAAGACAGGAUUCUGUAGUGUAGUUGAUGUAUAGAAUAUUGUAUUUUCUCUUAAAAAAUCAGAUAUAUAUAUUAUACAUAUUAUAUUAGAAUAAAUCAUUGUAGACAGAGUUGUCUUCGACUAUGAAAGACAGCAAAGUAA